CGUAGGCUCUGUAGCAGCGGAGCUGGGACCACUCUCGUGUCCCCUUCUGUGUAGGGGACACGCCGGCUCCACAGUCUGAGGCAGGCAGCAACGGUCGGCGUGUGGACUGGCUUCUCUAUCUGGUUGGCAUUCUGAUAAGAUUUUCUUGUAAUUUGACAAAGAUCGUUAUUUAGUUUAUUUUAUUUUGAGUGAGAAGAAUCUUAUUUUAAAACCCACUCAUGUGAAUUACCGUCUUGUUUCUUUAGAACUAUGAGACAUGUUUUCUACAGUAGAGAGGACACUGUAGUACCCCAGAAAUAUCCUUCUCGAAUGUUGAGGGUCUUCAUGAGGGCUGAACAUGAGGGUCUUUUCUUCAAAUUCCCAGUACGUGUACGUUUUCUGAAUCUCAAGUUCAGUGAAAUUCUUAACCUAACAUUGUCACUACCACCUUUUCUUUGACAGUGUUCCUUUUGUCAUUUAGUGAUUUUCCUGGGUUUGACAUACUGUUCUACAACACAUAUGCUUUUUUUGAAAGCCGGUUCUCAUGAGGUAGCUGUCACACUUCUGUCCGUCCUGUUUACUGAAGUACCCGGCACGGAAUGCACCAAAACCUAGCGCGGUGGCUCUGUAGGUGCUUGCGAGUUCGUAUUGUUAAUACACUUGUCGGUCCACCUGUCAUUUGUGCAAUACUGUACGUGUGUAGAGAAUGAAUUGUCAAUAAAAAAGAACGUGGCCUCUGUGUGAUCGUAAGAUUGCCUUUUCUUUGUAAGGAAGAAGGGUUUGGGAAUAAUAGCUGUAGCUGUUGCUGUAGCUGUAAUGGCUGCGUUUUUCUAACCAGUCUCGUCGCUAAUGGGAAUUCUCCCCACCCGAUGCGUUUGUGUCCAGUCUUCUGGCGUCGUUCUCCAUUUGGCCCUCUCACAGACAGAGCCUUUGGGAUCGCUCUUGGCCCCAGAGACCUGAGCAUCGCCUUUCUUCAGCCUUGUCUCCUCCCCGCUUCCCUUCCUCCCUCCCACACGGACUCCUUCGUACAGCUCCCUGUGUCCUUGUCCCUGCCUGCGAUGCUUUUCCCACAUCCGUCAUCCAGGCUUUAUGUUCACCUCCAGAAAGGUUCUCAGCCGUUCACCUCAGGCAUCUUUGGAAGCACCUGCUGUCCAAGCCCUGAGGUUUCACAGAUGACCGGAGACAGUCCCUGACCUCAGCCAUCUUAGAAUGGACAAAUGAGACACCAAUGAAGAGAGUAGGGUAAGUGUCGUGAUAGGUAAAAUGUGACACAGACUUGCUCCGUGCCAGGAGCUGUUCCAGUAUCAUCUUCACAACAAGCUAGUGAAGUAGGUUGACUGUUGUCAUCUCCUAGAUGAGAAAUUAAGAGCUCAGGAUGAAUAAAAUAGUUGACCUGAGUCCCACAGGAAGUGGCCGGGUCACAGUGACCCUCCCGUGCUGCUAGCAGUUGGGCUGUGCCACGUGUAGUGAGAACUGAGAUGGUUCACUUUUUUUUUUUUUUUUUUUAAUGUUUAUUUAUUUUUGAGACAGAGAGAGACAGAGCAUGAACGGGGGAGGGGCAGAGAGAGAGGGAGACACAGAAUCGGAAACAGGCUCCAGGCUCUGAGCCAUCAGCCCAGAGCCCGACGCGGGGCUCGAACUCACGGACCGCGAGAUCGUGACCUGAGCUGAAGUCGGAUGCUUAACCGACUGAGCCACCCAGGCGCCCCCAAGAUGGUUCACUUCUAAGAGGCUAACUUAAAAGCUGUGACACCUCGAGCUUUUAAAACCCCUGAGAGAUUUGGGGAAAAGGGAAGACAUGGACAAAACUAAAGAGAACUGAAAACCUGCAGGAAGCUAGGCACUCAGGAGGCCGUGAGGGACAGAAGGGACAGUAGAUGGGACAGCAUGUUGCGGCUUUCUCUAGCUGCUGUAGGUGCUGGGAGCCGUCAAAACCUCUGCGUUUAGAAGUCGGGGGCUGGGAGGGGAGGAAGACGGGGAAGUGCCGCUGAACCCCCAAACCUGAGGCUCACUGGGGUGAGCCUUCGGAGCUGCCGUCAGCAGGACUCCCGUCGAACAGACCAACCUCAACAGGGCCGUGGCGCUGUGGCCCGUGGCCGAUCACACUGGCAACGCUUUACCAGGUGUUUUGGUUUUGGUCUCUUGCACAGUACUGAAAUGUUUUCUUGAAAAGUAGGAGCUUUGUCAUUUCUUUGGUGUUCACUUCGCGACAGGCACGUCGUAAUCCUCUUUGGCAAAAUGGCUCGCCUACGGCUGCGUCAUGUUCUUUCUCGCUUCAGCCAAGUGUCGCCAAACCCUGGCGUCCGGUGAGAGGUCACCUGGUAGUGCCUGUGUGACACGGAGGACGUCAGCUGCCGCGGCAGGAGCUUCAUGCGGGAUGGUUUCUUAAUCAGAAGAGCACGCUUAGGAGCCCACUCCAGUGGUGGACGUGCCCCAGAAGAAUUUCAGGAGACGGGGGCUGCAGCGGUGUUCUGCUGCAGAGUGUCCCUGUCCCUGCCCUGUCUCCGACCCACAAGAAUGAUUUUCUUGUUGACAAAGAGGAAAGUGGGGAGGGGUUGGAAAAAUCCCUACAAGAUCAGAAGUCCCUAAGAUUUGCAGGACUUCCCAGGUUUCAUUCAUCAGGAAAUCCCUUUUAAAAAGAGCCUUUCUUGUCUCGUUUUGAUGCCUGAGAAAUCAGGAAGUGCAAAAGCCUGUGAUGUUAAGCUGCCUGGUCAUUCCCAUGCCAUCGAAGAGCUGUAAGACCCUUGUGGCCUACAAAGCUUUUUAUAAGUGUCCAGUUUGGGCCUCAGAGCAGACGUGACCUGGCCCACGAGACUGCGUCAACUCGAGUAAAUAUAAAUGCAGCCAGCCUGAUGGCUGGGGCUCAGUCCGCAAGUUCGUGGGAUGUCAGAGCUAGAGCUCUGGGGGUCAGAUACAUCUGGGUUCAAAUCGUGGGCUCUGUCACUUUGUGACCUGUUGACCCGGCAGAGUUUAGGUGAUUUCUCUUGAGCCUGUUGCCCUAUCUGUAGAACAGUCUCAGAAUUGGGGGAAGUUGGAUGAGCUAACUGCACAUAAACAGGACCCAGAUUAGAGAUGACACUCAGUACUUAGUGGUUCUGGUCCCUUUUACCCGUGGUUAUCAGUCAAGGCAAGACUGCAGGGAAAGAGUUUUCAUAUAAUUAGGGAGUUACUGCCCCACAUUAAAAUCUGGGGGCGAUUUACUGUAUCUCUUUACAUGACCACAACAGCUUGAUUGAAAAGAACUACAGAUAUAAUAACAGAAAUUAUAUUCUCUUUGUAGCUGAUUAACUAUGAAGAGAGUUCCCGUGUAGAGAGAGGUUUCUUGACUGACGAGCUGAACCCCCACGGGCUUAGAGGGUGGAGGGUCAGGUCAACGGGAAAGCCAGGCUGGCGGCGUACCUACCCUCUCCCUCCUUUGCAAUGUGGAGCCCUUGCCAGGGGUGAGUCCUGGUGGGAUGUGUGAAAUCUGCCUCCCUUGCUAUCCCCCAAAAUCCUCAGUAAAGGCUGGGGUUCUCAGUGGCACAAAAUGCAACCUUCCCCAGGGCAAGGACUCUGCACCAGCGAUGGCCCCCUAGCACAAAACCCUGUUUCUUUGAUAGCCCUAGUGGACUGCAUCACAGAUUUACUUCCAUAAGUACAUAGUUCUCAGCUAUGCACUAUAAAGUACAUGUUAGGGGCACCUGGCUGGCUCAGUCGGAAGAGCAUGCAACUCUUGAUCUCAGGGUCGUGAGUUCAAGCCCCCUCCCUCCCCGGGUUGGGUGUAGAGAUUGUUAAAAAUAAAUAAACUUUAAAGUACAUGGUUAUUCUCUGACUUGAGUCAGGUCUUCAAGCAGUCCUUCUCAAGCUUCAAAGUGUAAAUAAAUGGGUAUCUUGUCUAUCCCCAAGGUCUAGGGGACUGGGCUUCUGCACGUUGAGCCAAGGGUCAGGUGAAGCCCAUGCUGUUGCUCUGCAGACCACCUUUGAGUAGCAAGGUUUUAAAAUGUCUCCAGGGGUACUUGGUUGUAUUAAGUGAUCAUUUGUACCUGUAGUUUUUACCGCCCACCGUGGUGUUCAGGGUCUCUGAUCAGCAUGAGAGAGCCCCGUGGCCAGCCUGAGAUGACAGAACAACUUACCCACCAGUUUUUAUAAGACCUGUCUGGUUCCUUUCAGUGAAAUCCUAAAACCGUCUCGAGGAUGUCCAGCCCCGUUUCCAUUCAGUAGCUGGGUCCCCGCUCAGUCCCCACUGCGCUGGCGCAACCAGGCGACCUGGGUGGUCCAUGAAUCGUUUUGAUCCUAAUUUUCUCGAACCAGAGUCCUCAAAUAGGCUGGGUUUGACAUCUCGGGGAGACCUACAAGGAAGGGGACACCUUGCAUGGCCCUUCUUUUCUCUGAACGACCACAAAAGGUGGCACAGGGCAUUGCCUUUCUCAGGAAAUGUGUCUUGUGGGAAGUGUGCACAGGACAAAAUUUACCACUUAACCACUACUUUUAAGUGUGCGUUUCAGCGGCCGUAAGAACCUUCAUAGUGCCGCACAGCCAUCAACACCAUCCAUCUCUAGAACUUUCUCAUCUUCCCAACUGAAACUCUGCCCCCAUUAAACACUAACUGUUCGUUCCUCGCCACCUCCCGUCCCUAGUAACCAGCAUUCUACUUCCCGUCUCUGAUUUGUCUAGGUGCCUCAGAGCAGUGGGAUCCUGCAGUAUUUGUCCUUUUGUGUCUGGUCCGGAGGUAACAGUUUUGAUCUUCAUUAGCAAGGAGACGUGGCCCCAACAGUUCUCACGGUUGCUCUUUAACCCACCGCGGAUGGAGUCUUUAGUUUGUCCGCUGUGAAACUCCUUUGAUGAUGUGUCUGCUGAUGGUUAUUUAUGGACAAUUGAGGGCAGUUUAAGAAAAGCAUCAAAAGAUUGUGCACUAGGCUGACCCAGACGAAAUUCAUCAUGAGGAGUCUGGGCAGAAACAUCAGGUAUUACAAAGGAAGUUCAAUAGAUAGGACUUGAAAUAUGUAGCUCUUGUCAGGACGAAGUCCAGCGAAACCAUUUGGUGCUGCAACAGAUCUCCUACUCCUUCCUUUCUUUCUAAUGCAGCCCCAAUCCACUUGCGGCCAGACUGUGUAGGCAGACGUAGGACGCUGUGUCCUAUUAACUGCCUCGAUUUCUCCUUUGCAUCUUGUCUGUAUCUAUAGAAGGAAAAACUUGACUGAUUAGAAAAUCACAAUUCAGCUCGUUCAUUUUUUAGCGUUUCAUGGCACAUGUUCACUUUUUAAAAUGUCUUUCCAUCCUCCACCUUCCACCUAUCACCCUCAUGAAGGAAAAUAACCCCCUGGCCUUUGGUGUCAUGCAGCUGUUUAUGUGACCUUGAGGACGUCCGUAUGUCACAAUGGACAGUGAGUUAUUCCUUCACACUAAGCGUUAGCAGAUGCCAGGCUAGCCCACGGGGCUACCAGAUGAAUGAGACCCAGCCCUGCAGAUUCGUAAACAAGAUGGCCACAUAAACAUAACUGUAAAGCAAGUGAUUGCCGAGCAGAACGGUGUCCCUCUCCUCUGGUUUCUGUCUUUGGGAAUCUGGCUCCUUUUUGGGAUUCCAUCCUGUAGGUCAAGUGCUGCCGCCCUCACGAAGCAAACCGGAAACAAGCAGAGAUCUUCCCUGGAGGCUACACCAGGAAGUUGGGAAUAAAAUCCCAGCACAAUGCUCCUCACCGGGGCCACCGAUCCAACUGAAGAUGAGACGGCGGACAAGCCUCCCAGGUGUUCACUGCCAGAAUUUUAUGCAUUUCUUGAGAAUUUUAAUAAGGAGAGCAAGAAAUCGAGUCUCCGAAAAACUCACGGUAUUUCACCUAGUGAGGCACAGGAAAUGCUUAGUCAAAACCUCAAUGCCAUGUCAUUCACCAGUGGAGCUGAUGUGAGGGAUGAAGACCCUCGGCCCAUUUUCACAUGCAAGGUGGUUAGAAAAGAAAAGGAGCAACCAGAAUCGAUGACCGAACUGCUGUACCGAAGCUUGUUGACCAGCUCAACCUCUCCGGGGAAGGGACUCUCCAGAUCCCAGCAGAGGCUCUUGCGGAGUGGAAUUCCUCCCCCUGCACACACUUUUCCUCAUGAGAUUCUCAUCGAUCACUCCAGCUCCUCGUCACUGUUCCCCACGCAGAAGACUCAGAGAAUUAACAUAUUACACGGGCUGGGCAUUUCCAGGAUCAUGCCAGAAAAUUUCACCUUUGAGCACAAAAUUGCUAAAUACUUCUUAGUUGAUCCAGAAAAACAAUUCAUGGAUCUAAGGGAUCUGGAGUGGAGGUAUUACAAGGGGAUCGUGAAGUGCAAGCACGGUACUUCAGAUUCAUUCAUAAAUAUAAAAUACAACAGUGAGAAGAGAUUUGUGGAGAGCCAGCAGAUGCCUGGUGUUAUUUCCCCCCCUCUAGUUUAUAGGUCUUUAGUCAUUUAUCCUCAGGUUGAUUAUCCAAAAAGUACAACUUCCUCUUAAAUAAAACCUGUAGCUUAUUAAAAUAUCUUGGAUGUAGAUUUUGCUUUUGACAGCGUUGAACUUAUACAUGAAAAGUAAAGAAGCAGAGGGGAGGAGCCAUGGAACAUAAGAACUGGAUCCAUACAAUAUUCAUGGAAGUCCAAAAUAAAGCCAUUAAUACAGAGAAAAAAAUUCGAAUUGAUCUGCUUGGGUAAGACCAGGUUUGGACUUGUGAAACCCAUCUGGACCAAGGCUGAGGCAAAUCUGGAUCAUGUGAAAGGUAAGGAUACCGA